CCCGCCACCUCCGCCCCUCAAUCUACAAAAGUCAUCAUGCCCUUGCUGGGGCCCACGUUGGCCCUGCCCGCUCUCCAGAAGCAAAAUCUCCUAGUGGAGUUUGCCAGCCUCCGCCAUACCUGCCCCGAUGGCAUCUACAUGAGCAUCCUCCCGGAGGACGCCUCCAUCUGGACUGGCGUCAUCUUCGUCCGCAAAGGCCCUUAUGCACCAGCAAUCCUCCGCGUCCAGAUAUCCUUCCCCUCUACGUAUCCAGCCGUCCCGCCGCUAGUGACGUUCUCUACCGACAUCUUCCACCCCCUGGUCACCCCACUCACCACCUACACUUACACGACCGGCUCAGCUAGCGGCGACACGGUAAGCGCUACCGACGAGCAGAGGCUCCCGCCUGGCGGCUUUAGCUUGAGGCACGGGUUCCCGCAAUGGUUCCAGCGCCCUCCCCGAAGCCCCUCCACGCCCCGCAUUCUCCCUGGGGCCUUGAGCGUGGCGCCCGUGGUCCACGAGGCUGGCCCCACCCCCGAGAUGGACUUUGAGUCCCCGCCGGUGGUGAAGAUCCUCAAGUACGUCCAAGACACCUUCACCGACGAGGCCAUCCUGGACACGAUUACGGUCGAGUCGGCGGCGAACCCUGGCGCGUAUCAUGCUUGGCAGUCCUACAGGGAGACGCAGAAUACCGAGGCGCAGCCGAUGAAGAAGGACGCAGGCCCCCCGGCGACGAGGUCCCGACGGCCCGGCGAGUGGAACUGGGAGGGCGUGUGGGAGGAACGGGUCAAGAAGGGCAUUCAGAUGUGCACGUCGGACGCCGUGGUGCACGCGAGCGGCGAGGGGGGUGACGAAGUGGUACGCUUCGCGGCCAUUGAUGCAGAGACGUACGAGAGUGCCAAGAACCGGCUGAUGGCCGAGAAAGAGAAGGAGACGUAGAGGGCGA